AAAAGGAUUCUUCAGCUGAAGCCAAAGAUAUUGAGUCGGAUUACAUAUUGUGACGACCAGCAGGCAAAGAGAACAUAAGGAGAAACCUCCAGGAGGAUUCAACGAGAUAAAUCUACACAUCCGACCCAAGGGAGCUUUGUUGAGGCCUCAUGUGACAAAGUUGGACUGAUUCUGUUCUGUGGUAGAAAUGAAGAAUCGUCUGGUUUGGAGUGUGUAUGCAUAAUUCCUGUCGUCCCUCGGAAUACGGCAAAAACUAAAACACAGACCACUGAGCUGUACACUUGAGAUCAAAUUGUUGUCAUAAAAGUUAGGCUUCAGGUGGGUAUAGAGUGAAGAUUAUCAUUAUGUUGGGGACAAACAAAUUGCUCCUCUGGGUAAUGACGGUUCUAUUUGCUGUCUCAACUGUCUUCUUUAAUGCUUAUAUCUUCUUGAUGAGUCUAUUGAAAUAUAGGCAGAAAAAGCAGUGGAGUCCCAGUGAAACCAUUAUCCUGGCUCUGUCGGUGGCCAACGUGGUUCACCAGCUGGUCUGUUACUACUGGAUGACCAUGGAUGAGAUCGAUAGUAAGUGUCGCAUAGCCGAGAUGCCCUACACUGUCCUUCUCUUCAUUAUCUUAAGCCUCAAGUUCACCAUCAUGUGGGACACUAGCUUCCUCACGUUCUAUUACAGUAGCAAGCUGGUGAACACACCCAAUCUCUGCUACACACACAUCAAGACCGCCAUCCUCAAGCACGUGACCGUGGCGGUUUUUCUCAUCCCGCUGUGCGGCCUGGGCACCUCCAUGCCGAUGCUGGUGCUGUUUCACGCUGACAACUACACCAUGACGAACAAAGAUUGUGGGGUGUUGGUGCCCAACACCCGCUCUGGCUUGAUUUACGAAGUAAUUUCUCUGUUCCUUGCCGAUGUACUCCCAGGGGUGCUCAUGGCGAAAUGCUGCAUCUCCAUCUCCCUCCACCUGGCCAUCCAUCUCCGCAACAUGAAAGCCAGCACCAAUGGAGCCCACCGCCCGAAGCUGGGCUCUCAGAUGAGGGUGAUCCAGAUGGCUUUGUCUCUGGUGGCCGUCUUCACUCUCUUCUUGGUGGUUGACCUGUAUGUGAACUACCAGAUAACUGUGAAUCACGAGAACGCCAUUGUGCUCACUUUCUUUUUCACGUCCAUCUACACGACUGUCACCGCAAUGGUGCUGAUCUAUGGGAAAAAUACUCUCUGGAAAACCCUGAUACAUGACAUCAAUGUCUGCCUGGAUGAAUUCCCAUGUUUGUCUUGUCUGAAGGUGCCUGAACAAAGAGCUAAACCCAGCACUCCUGCAAAAGCACAAAAGUGAAAAGCCAAUUAGCUUUGCACAGGACAUCUUUGUGCUCAAAUCAACUGGUCUGAACUGAAAAACUUUAAAGAAGCAUCUUCUUCAAUCUUUUGUGCUAGUACUUUCACACUGCCAUGCUCUGCCUUAUCACCAUUUAUUAAAAUGUUCUUAGACCAACAAGGUAUUUUAGCUGGGUAACUACCUUAGAAUCCAAAUCACAUGCUCAUUAGACUGUGCCUUUUUAAUAUCUAUUUUUUACUAGAACAAAUAUCAGUCAGACCUUUAGAAUAGCUCCCCAAGCAUGGUUGAUGAUGUAACUCCAUACCCAUCCAAAAAUGUAAAAAAAAAAUGUGACUGUGGUGCGAGUACAGAGGAUAUUAA